AUGGCGCUGGUUUUCAUCCACAACGGGUUGAAUUCGUUGAAGUCGCCAAUGGUGGUGCAACAGUUCGUGAACCACGAUGGUGUGAUCUUCAAGGUCUACGUGGUCGGGGAGUGCGUGCGUUGCGUGAAGCGAAAGUCCUUGCCGAAUGUGGAAGAGAAGAAGUUGGUAAGGGUUUCGGAGGACUUGUUGUCAUUCUCGCAAGUGUCAAAUUUGACCACCGAUGAGAGAAUCGAUGAUAGGUAUUAUAAGAUGAUGCAGUUGGAUGAUAUCGAAAUGCCUCCCCUGAGCUUCGUUACUCAGAUAGCUCGAGGGUUGAGGCACAUGAUGAGGCUCAACCUGUUUAAUUUUGAUGUUAUUAGGGAUUUAUGA